UAAAAACAUAACAAAAUAAUUCAGCACAGCAGAGACUGGGAUACAUUGUGGUAUCGACUUAGUUCACUCAGCUAACCUGAUCCUUUAGUCUAGUGGAAGUCCGUGCUGUAAUUAUCAGCCCGCAGUUCUGUAUAACCAAGCAGGACCGUAACAAGCAUAGAUAUUGAGGUAGAUGUGUACGCCCGAAUAUCAAUACUAUCUCAGAAAUCUUCCUUCCUUACAUCCUUACAGUCAAGUUUAGUUUGGUGACCAGAUCAGCUGAUUUAAAGAUGGGAAGAUUUUAUAGCAAGUGGCUCACCCACAGAUUAAACUAUAGCUAAAAAAGAUAAAUUAAAACUUGUUUUUAAAACUCAUUUAAUAUUUUGAAUAUUAAAGCUGCGGUAGGGAACUUUUGAUGCUCUAGCGGUUAAUAAACAGAACUGCUUGCGUCUUGCGGAAGAACAUCGUAGCCGGAUCUACUUCUCUCUGUUUAUGUCUAUGAAGAAUCACAAAGGUACUGGGUUACUCCGCCGCGGUACCCCCGAAGCAAUCUAAAAUAGUCUGAAUAUAAACACUUAUUAUAGGUGCACCCUAGUGAUUCAGGACAAGCUAAAAACACGGUUUGGAAAAUGGAUGCAUGGUGUACUCGCUUAUUAUGUUCAUUAUUAUACAUUUUGAACACAAACAAAGUUACAGACCGCAGCUCUGAUUGGUUGUUUUUUACCGGGAGCACAUGACUUUCUGCAAAUGGCAAUAGGACCACUGGGAGGAGCCAGAGGAGCUUGAUUUUUUUCACAGAUUAUCUGUCUCAUAUUCUACUGUCAGGACAUAAUGACAGGUUUAAUAAAUAUGUAAAAAAUAUUUUUUUACAAAAGUUCCCUACAGCACCUUUAACCGUAGGUCGCGCACAACCACCAUGUUUGUAGUUCUCAACCGAAUCAUUCGUCAAAGUGCAAUGGAUUGUGGGUAUUAUAAACCAUUAGAGCGUGCACAGAUCCACACUUCAAAAAUCUGUCUGAGGUUGUAGACCAUCAAGGGACUUCUUGCAUACUCUUUUCAGCAUACUAUGCUUUGGUACACACUUAUUCUAAUCUCACUUACUAUUUAGGGUGGAUAGUGUGAACAUUGGGAUGCAGGGAGAGUGCUUGCUUGCCAUUCUGUCCAUUUCCUAUUUCCUGUCAUGUGAUCAGUCUCAUGACAGGCAGACCCAGACUCAUUUAAAGACAUACACACAUUAAAACAGUGCGCAUGUAGAAUAUGAAUGUCAAGUCGAUGACGUCAAAGAGAGUUAGUAGGCACUUUCUUGAUUGCAAGUGCUGUUUCCUGUCCUCAGGUGGGGGGCGGAGCUGUGGUGUUCAUGAACUCAUCUGCGCUAGAAGAGCAAGCUGUCAGUGGAGAGCCCGAGCAGUGAUCUGCCACAUUUUGAAAGUUGUAACAAAGGUUCGCAAGAAUUUGUGGUCAGUUAGCAGACACACCAAAGGCACAAAGCAAUGGCGUUUUUCAAGAGCUUCCAACAGAGCCUCCCUUCUGUCAGUUCCCUCCUGGACUCGGUCUCAAACACCGUCUCAACUGCCGUGGACGAUUUGUCCUCUGCAGUGAGUGACGUCACCUACACUGUCAGUGACCAGCUAACGGAGCAGGUCAAUACGAUCAUCAACAAAGUACAGACUGAAGAGGAUGACAAAUCCAGGAAAGAGGAUUUGGGUUCUUCUGAAGACAUCCGAAAGGAGAAGAGGACCAGCAGGCUGAAGCGUCAGGAGACAGAGGGUAAUGCUGCAGACAGUGGAGAAGGAGAAGGUCGAAAGAGCCGAAAAUCGAAAAAGAACUCUAUGUGGACUAUUGAAACAGAUGAAGAGGAAAUAAAGAGGGAAAAAGAAAGGCAAGAGGAAGCAAGAAGAGCUGAGGAGGAGGAGUGGGAGUGGGUUUACACCCCUGCUAAAGGUUGGUAUCGUAAAAAGAGGGACCCAAACCAACCACAAAGCCUUUCUCCGACCUCAGACAACAAUAAAGGGAACAGUGACCAAGCAUCAAAAGAGGCAGAGUCUGUCGCCCAGGAAGAGAACGCCUCCUCGUCUGGCAAACACAAUGAUGAAGGUGACAACCACAAUGAAAAUGCUAAUGGGAUGCACCCGGGUAAUAGUCAGAAGAAGCAGGAUUCUCAGGAAAUGUCUGGUGAUACUGAUACAACAGCAUCAAAGUAUGAAAACAAUGCAGAGCACAGUAGUGUUGAGGAAGAUGGUACAGGCAGAAAAAAAGACAAAGGAGGUAAAGAUGGGGGUUGUCCAGAGAAAGGAUCAUCUGAGAGUGAAGACGAAACGCCAAAAAGACACAAGGAUCAGCAGAAAAGUGGAUGGAAAAACAAAGAUACUGAGAAUGAGGAUUGCAGCAGUGAGGCCUCUGCUGAGCAGGUUAAAAGGAAAAAUGGUUCAAGUUCCCUGAAUGAACUUCAGCCUCCACCGUACCGGGACAAAGACGAUCUCAAGUGUGGCUCUAGGGGCCGCAGUGACUCAGCAGAGGGCAGUGGAAGUGAGGUCAGUGAGGCCAGUGAAGACGCUGAGGACACAGAGAGUUACCUGAAUAAGGGCUAUGAAGAGGACGCACCCAGUGACAGCACCGCUGUUUUGGGCCCGGAGGACAGCUUACUCCCACCCCUUCCAGAAACAUAUGAACCAGAGGCACUGGGGAAAUAUGGCACACUGGAUGUGGCAUUUGAAUAUGACCCAAGUGAACAACGGCUUGCGGUGACGGUGACCGCUGCCACAGAUAUUCCAACCCUAAAGAGCACAGGGAACAUUUCUUGGCAGGUCCACCUGGUUCUACUGCCCACCAAGAAGCAGAGGGCCAAGACAGGAGUGCAGAAGGGACCCUGUCCCGUCUUCACAGAGACGUUUCGGUUCUCAUGUGUUGAGAAGGAGGCCUUGGGGGACUAUGCAGUCCGGUUCCGUCUCUACAGUGUGAGGCGCAUGAAGAAGGAGAAGGUCCUAGGCGAGAAGGUGUUCUACUUAACCAAACUCAAUCUGCAGGGCAAGCUUGCUCUGCCUGUUACACUAGAACCUGGCACAUCCGUUCCUGGCUGUGGUUCAGUGGUGAGUGUCUCUCGUAGCGCGGGAGCUCUGUCGUACCACUCCACUGGUGAAUCCUCCACUCCAGAGCUUCUGUUGGGUCUCCUCUACAACUCCACCACAGGGAGACUGUCUGCCGAAGUUGUUAAAGGCAGCCAUUUUAAAAACUCUGCCACCGAUAAACUUCCCAUUGGCCUGUUUUGUUGUGUAAAACGCUUCAUUAGUGGGCAACUGUAUAUAAUGAGAGACACUUACGUGAAGCUUACAAUGCUGGACUCCAAAGGGAAAGAGAUGUCUAAAUGUAAGACCUCCGUCUGCCGUGGCCAGCCCAACCCAACCUACAAAGAAACAUUUGUCUUCCAGGUGGCGCUGUUCCAGCUGUCUGAGGUCACCCUGCAGGUGUCGGUGUACAGUCGGCGGAGCAGCAUGAAGAGGAGAGAGCGGUUGGGUUGGGUCGCUCUGGGCCUCAACAGCACCACAGAGGAACAGGAGGAGCACUGGACCCAGAUGAAGGAGUCCGAGGGACAGCAGGUCUGCCAGUGGCACACGCUCCUCAAUUCAUAGGGGAGAAGGGAAACAAUGCUGUAUGGUUUUUGUCCAUCUGAAGGUUUAGUAGGACAGAAUGAGUACAAAAGGAUUUGUUCACCUUAAAUUGAAAGUUGUUUCCUAAUUGACUCCUUCGUGUUGCUCUGAACCCGUCUUACUUGCUUUCUUCAUGAAACAUUAUCUAUCAUAUGGCUUCAAAUGACUGGCAACUUGUCAUUUUUGGGGUUUGGUAGCCCCUUUAUAUUGAAAAGUAUCUUCAGAAUAUUCUUAGAAAAUAAAGUUUUGCGUUCCAUAGAAGAAAGUAAGUCAUAGGUGGUUAAGAACGGCAUGAGGGUGAGUAAAUGAUGACAGAAGAGUGAUUUUUAAAUGUGAACUAUUCCUAAAGUAAACUUCUGCAAAAUGUGGCGGGCAAAUUAGGUCAAUUGUUGCUUUUCAAUAGUAUACCGAUGCAUGAAGCACCACUUACUCUGCAGUUACUUCCAAAACAAGCCAAUCUAUGUUGGACAUCAUGGCAAAUCUGUGUUUAAAAUUCAACAAACCUGACUCUGAUGUGAAAUACGCAUGGGGAGGUUUUUGUCAUGUGUCAUUCAGCUGAAAUUUCCAAUCGCAUCCUACUGAGAUUUAGACUGCAUUUCGCCCACUGAAUUUAUACAGUAGAGGAAUCCUCCAUGUUGGAGGUGCUGUUGACUUUCUAGAGAGACUGUUUUCCUCAGGAUAGCAGUAAUGGACCUGAUGUUUUUCGCAGUGUUGGGAUGGGAAAGCUGAAAAAGACGUCUUAUGACGACAUUAGAGCACUGAACUGACCAACUGCCAUUGGCACUGCCAUCUGUACCAAUCAUUUAUUCCCUACAAAGCAUAACUGUAACUGUACUGAAUUACUGGCAGUUGCAUAAGCAUUGAAACUACUUGAGGUUUAGCCUUUGUACUUGACUUGCAAAUAUGCAAAUACAAAUAUGCACCGCAUGGUAACUGCUAAAGCAUCAAGAGAAACAUUCAGAAUAAAUAUCGGACCAAAGCGCAAUACCACAUACAUAAUUCUGCUUUAUGAAGGGAUAUAGGGACUAUUUCACACCAGCAUUAUUGAAAAAUAUUUUAUUUAACAUGAGAAUGUACAAAAAAGUAGGGCUGCUGAAGACUGUCUAAAUGUAACUAAUUUUACAAUAACUGAUGUCUAAAUGUAACUGAUGGAAAUUUGAACAGUUUAUCUCAUGAUUUUAUUUUUCGUAUCGUGUAAGCUAAUGCUGCAUAAUGCAUAUGUUAAUGCUGAUUCAGGUCCAUUUUUAAUCUUUGAACACUAAACAUUUAAUAAAAUCGGAAUUUAGAAACGCUUAA